AUGGCCUUUGUUUCGGGAGGAAAUGGCGGAAUUCCUCCUGGUCAGGGACCAGCACCUUCGGGAUCAUCGGAGCCGGCAAUACCAAUCACCAAUCAACAGUAUCUGCCCGGUCAGAACCUCACUGCGCAGCAACAGCAGCAACAGUUGUUGAAUGCACUUCUUAUUCAAACUAUGAUGCAGCAACAGCAACCAACGUCACAGCAGCAAGUGAUUACACAGCAAGCUCCAGCGAUUGCGAUUCAACUACAGCAGCAAACGCAGCCAAUUCCCCAACCAACGCCGACUCCUAUGAUAGCAUCGCCGACGCCAAAUCAAAAUAAUGCGUUGAUGUACUAUCAAUUGCUUCAGCUACAACAAGCUCACGCUCAAGCACAAGCGCAGGCUGCAGUGCAAGCCGCUCAGCAACAUCAAAAUCAACAAAGUAUUCUGCAUGUUUUCCAACAACAGUUGGCUGCUCAAAAUCAACAGCAGGGGUUGAUUGCGGCUUCUUCAGCUUCUACUCCUGGAAUUCCACAAAUCUUGCAAGCUGUAGCGUCAGGAGCAAGCAUUGAAUCUCAAAUGAAUGCCCAGGAAAAGCUCAUGCAAGCAAUCGCAGAGCAGCAACAACAACAACAACAAUUAGCUGCUCAAGCUGCGCAACAGUUGCAGCUGCGUGAAAUUCAGUUACUUCAAGAAAGAGCUGCCGCAGCUUCAGUGUUAACACAAGUUGCUCCAGUGGCACCAACACCAGUUCCUCAACAAACUGGAAGCCUAACAACAGGCCAGCCAAUUGGAUCUGCGCGUUCAAAUGAUGCGCGAGUGGCAGCUUAUAGUUUAUCACAAGGCGUAUCUGCACCAGCUGGAAUAAUUCCAAGUAUGACGCCAUCAGCGACGAAGCAGCAGGUAGCGGCAGCGGCAGUAGCAGCGACGGCAACAGCGGCGGCAGCGGCAGCAGCAGCAGCAGCGGCAGCUGCUGCAGGAGCUUCAAAUUCCGGUGGGAAUGAGUCAAUCCACGAGCAUAUAAGUAGGAUAAUAUCGGAAAAUGAAGUGAUCUUACAGGGUGAUCCGGUUAUUCGAAAGAAAAGACCGUAUCACCGGCAAGUAGGUGCGCAAUCCUCUAUAGAUCACGACAGUAACAGUGGUGGAUCAACACGAACAUCUCCUGGUCCGAAAGACAAUCGAAUGCUACAAGCAGCUAGUAGGAGCCAAAGCUUGUUUGAAAUGACUGGAAAUCGCAACUUUCUCGGAAGUUUAACCACUGGCCAGCCGAUUCGUCAAGUUCCUCCGACACCUGAAUGCGGAUAUUGUCGUUUGGCAUUCCCAAAUGAAGUCGGACUGCAAGCUCAUGAGCCGUUUUGUGUGAAAAGAAAGGAUUUUGAAAAAGUAAAAGCGGAACCACAGACAACUGGAGCGUCGGCAGUGCUCGUAUCUUCAGCUGAAGGAAGUACUGAUGUGCCAUCGGAAGCUUCGAUUGUAGUUGACUCGCAGAACCGACAUAAUUUGAAGCGAAAAAUCGCUUCCGCAGUCGUGCCGGAUUCAGCAGUAUCGACGUCACAAUUGCAGUCUUCAACAAUUUCUUCUGCAACUUCGUCAUAUGAACCGGUGGCAAAGCAAAGAAAAGAAGAAGUCGCUCAAGAACAGUCGGUUUUUGAGGAGAGGAAGACUGAACAGGGGUUUGUAAGAAGACAACCUACCAACUCGUUACAAAAUGACUCCUUGGCUGGUCAGCCUUCCGCAGCAUCCUCCAAUACACCAGCCGCCGCACCAGAAGUACAACUUCAGUUGCCUCAAGGUGCACAAGCAGCAACGGCUCAUAAUGAUAUUCAAGUCGUCAAGGCCAUUAGUCAAAACACAAACGCAGUUAAUGUAGUUAGUGCUGCUCAAAUGGCUCAUCUUCAAUCCCAUGCACUCAUGAGCCAUGCUCAACUUUCUGGAAAUCAUAUUGCUGGAGCUCCAUUGCCUCAUGUCUUAAAAGCAGACAUUCCUCCCACUUCAUUAUUUGUGCAACCACCUGCGAGCAUGGAAAGGAUUUCCAUAUCACCAACCAUUUCUCAUCAUUUGCUGAGACCAAGAGGGGAAGGGUUGUCCAAUGAAGAUUUGCCUCCAUUGACAGGACAUGUUGAUGGCCCGUAUUAUUUAGUGCUGUUUAAUGAAAUUGGAGCAAGACCGUCCUUCAUGGGAACAGAUUGUUCUGGUUCCAGACGAUCCCGCGGUAGAAACAUUACGUCAGAAACGUACGUGAGCAUGCAUAGAGCUCAACCGAUGUUCGUUGAACAGAAGGGCAAUUUAUCGAUGUAUUCCAAUUGGCAGCAGAUACAAAUCAAUGAGGCUGAAGCAAAGAUGAAUCUAUUGUUUAUGGGAAUGUGCUCAACGAAGCCUCGUACUGGUGUCAAGCCGUUUUGGCGAUACACAGUUGCUAAUCGUGAUCAAGGCCAAUAUAGAAUGACCCAUUCAUCAUUCUGGGAUAUCAGCUCCAAAAUGCGAGUCCGCCAGGUUUCAAUGAAUGAGGAACGAAGUGACGAGGAAAGAGACGCCGCGUUUAUUGAGCGUUUGAUUGGAGGUGUAUCACUUCCUCUUGGAAGAGUUUCGCUCCCAAAUGUAGUAGUUUCGCAGUCUCUAGCAGAACUUUCGCAACACCUGGGAGUACCCGCUCAAUCGCUAGGAGAUAUAUCGCAUCAGUUCACAGGAUCUCAACUACUUCCGGAAUUAUCUUCCCAGCUUCAUGAACCAUCCCAGCAGCUUCCAGGACCAUCACCAAAGAUUCCGAAACUGUGUCAUCAGCUCCCUGAAUCGUCAAGUCAGAUUCCCGGACCGUCCCAACAAUUUGCAGAAGCAGCCCAGCAGCUUCCAGGACCGUCCCAUCAGCAACAAGGAUCGUCUCAUCAAUUUGUAGGAUCGGCUUUUCAUCCAACAGACGCAUCAAGGACAUUGGUGUUUCCAAUUAAAACUGAGCUUGAUACAACACUAAUGGGUUAUGGCGGAAUGAAAUCUCCACUUCCUUCUGAUUCGUUCCAGCCAAAAACGGAAAUCAAGGAGGAAUGCGAUCUUUUUAUUGACGUAGAGUCCACUUCCAACUCAACUCCUUGUGACCCACCUAUUCAAGCAGGUGCUGCUGUCAAGUUUGGAACAAUUGCAGAGCCAAAGUUAACAGAUGAUGAGCAUCCAAUUGUGCCGAAAGAAAGCUAUAAUUUUGAAAAUCAGAAUUUUAUGAAAUCCAAUAAGGAAAAACGUAAAGUUCUUCGUCCAAGGCACGAACAAAUAAUAGGCGGACAUCGAACAGACGAGGUGUACGUGUACGUGCGUGGUCGCGGACGCGGGCGAUAUGUGUGCGAUCGUUGUGGUAUUCGGUGUAAAAAACCGAGUAUGCUCAAAAAACAUUUAAAAUCGCAUACAGACGUCCGCCCCUUCAAGUGCAAACAGUGCAAUUUCUCUUUCAAAACUAAAGGCAAUCUCACGAAGCAUUUGAGCUCGAAAGGACAUAUUCGUCGCAUGAACAAUAGUGACCGUGAGCAUGAGGACAGUAUUCUAGAUGCUGUUUUCAAUAGCAAAAAGGCUGUUGCUGCCUUUGACGAAAUGGAUGCUAACUCUUCCGACGACGAAGGAGACGUUCAUUUACAACCUGAGCAUGUGUACAAAUUUGGACAGGAACAUAUUCUCAUGGAACGUACCGCACAUACCCCUCCAACGAGAUGGAUGUUGGUUGCUGACGCCAAUCCAAAUCUCUCUUGGCCACCACCAGAAGACAUUCAACGUAACUGCUCAAGUGCACCGCCGUCCGCUAUUACUCGCGAAGAAGAAGAGAAACCUGCUGUCCCGGUUUCAACUACAACAGCGCCUCCGGUCGUCUCUAAUGACUCGCCUAAUUCAUCUGCUAAUAUCUCGCAGUUGCACCUGUCAUCAAGCAGUUCCAGCGGACAGACGUUCAAAGCAAUUAACCAAUCGCAAGUGCAAACCGUUCCUUUGGACAAUUUCCUCGGAAAAGACGAGAACCUCAAAUGUGACCAGUGUGAUAGAACGUUUAGAAAACUUUCGGAUUUGAAUCUUCAUCAACACACUCAUAACAUUGAAAAGCAGCAGAGCAAAAAUAGAAUGUAUCAGUGCUCUGAGUGUCGAAUUCCUCUUCGCACCAAAGCUCUUCUUGCUAAGCACAUGGAAACUAUCCACGGAAUUCAUGUAAGAAAACAAUUUUUGUUACUAACCCUUCCUAUUCGCCAGUGCGGUUCGAUGGACGAAUCGGUCCAGGCAAGCAUCGAUCCUUCAGCUACCACACAGUCGGUACUUGGUGGUGGGCAAAGUGCCCUGAUCAACAAUCCGCGAUCGUUUGUGUGCAUUGAUUGCAACAUCGGUUUUAGAAAGCAUGGCAUUUUAGCGAAACACUUAAGAUCAAAAACACACGUGAUGAAGCUUGAAACGCUGAAACGUAUUCCGGAGGAUAGUUUGUCCAUGCUCACCAAAAAGGAUAAUGGUGCUUGCUUGAAUGAAAUUGAUACUACCAAUUGCGAGCGUGCUUUGCUUUCGCUUUUGACGAUAGUUGAACAGGUUCGCAAAGAAAACCUGGCGGCUGGCGAAACUUCUGCUGUUAGUGUUGUUGAAAAAAGAACCGCUGUCUCCCCAACAAAGAAAAGAACUGCCAUUGACUCAACAAAAAAAAGAACAAUUCUUGUCUCACCAGCCGCCGGUUCAUCAGCGACGAGAGCAGCCAUCGACUCAGCAACGACGAGAGCAGUCGUCGUCUCAACACCGACGAGAGCAGUCGUCGUCUCAGCAGAGGCGAGAGCAGUCGUCGUCUCAGCAGAGGCGAGAGCAGUCGUCGUCUCAGCAGAGGCAAGAGCAAUCGGCAGGCCAACACAGAAGGGAUCUGCCAAUUUCGCAGCAGAGGAGAGAGCAACCAACUCCGUCGCACAGAAGAGACCAACCACCGCCGCAGACGAAAAGGGAACAUUCAUCGUCCCAACAGAAAAGAGAGUAUGCAUCGACCCAAUUGCGAAGAGAACAUGGUGGUCCCCAUCUGAAAAGGGAGCAUUCGCCUCCCCAACAGAUACGAGAGCCUCAAUCACCUACGCCAAAAAGGGAAUAUCAGUUGCCUCAGCACAGAAGGGAUCAGCCAUUGAUUCAGCACAGAAGGGAGCAACCAGUUAUCCAACAAUACAGAAGGGAUCAAAUUUUGGUUCAGCCGAAGAGAGAGCAGUCGUCUGUGCCAGUCAAAAGAGAUCAAUCAACAGAGCAGCACAGAAGGGAACAACUCACUGCUCAAAUAAGAAGAGAGCAACCGAGUUCUCAAUACAGAAGAGAAGAUUCGAGCACUCAGCACCGCAGGGAAAAUACGAAUGCUCAGCAUCGAAGGGAGGAAUCAAAUGCUCAACAACGCCGAGAUCAGCCUUUAGUCCAGCAGAGAAGGUGAUUCAGCAUAGAAGAGAGCAACCAGCUAUUCAGUAUGGGCGAGAGCAUCAACAACAGUUAUCUCAAGAAAAAGAUGAGCAACUAUUCCCCCAGUAUUUGCCACAACAAGAAAUCAAAAAAGUGACACCAGUAAGCCGCGAUAGGAAUGAACCAUCAUCAAGCUCAUCUUCGAGACCAAGUGAAUCUGGUCCUCCACAACCGCCACAUCGCGUUGCAGCCUAUGCUAAAAUGGAUAUGCGGGCCCAACAAGAGCUAUUUAUCAAAACCAUGCAAUCAAAAUCAGUGCCAGACGCAACAUUUUGCAACAUAUGUCAACUUGAUUUUGAAACCCCUUUAAAACUUCAGGUUCACUUGCAUGUUGACCAUAUUCGCAUGAUGGAUGGUAGUGAACACAAGUGUCCUCGCAAAAACUGCGACAAGGUACUUCCAUGUAAAGUGAGUCUUCGUCGGCACGUUACCGCUCAUUACCUGACCGAACAGCGAGAGAAAGGCCGGAGGGAGGAAGAAAUCAUUGCGGAAACGUUGUUUUAUCGCAGAAAUCCUAAAAAGGAUGCUCAAGGUGCAAACAAGGCCCCUGUGACUAAAAGCCAAAUAAUGCAAGAGGCAUAUGAAAAACGCGACAAGUCGGAUAAUCAGAAACACUAG